GUGAAAGAAGGAUAUUCUGCAGUUUGGGGCGUUAAAAGUGCUGACGCACCGACUCUUUGUGUAGGCUAAAGCUGAAGCGAGUAAACGUUCAAAAGCGGUGAUCAGAAAGAGCAUUAACCAAAGCUGAUUAUAAGAGCUAUAGGCCUACUUUAGAUUUCAUACAGCGCGCGGGUGAAAGAUGCAGUCAUCGACAAAGACGCCGACCGGAGGAUUCUCUUUUGAGAACACACGCAGAAAUGCUGUUCUGGAAGCAAAUCUAUCAGAGAAGGGUUACAGUGCACCAAACGCCAGGAAGACUGGCACCACCAUUGCUGGGCUGAUAUUCAAAGAUGGAGUGAUUUUAGGUGCAGACACCAGAGCCACGGAUGAUAUGGUCGUAGCUGAUAAAAACUGCAUGAAAAUCCACUACAUAGCUCCCAAAAUCUACUGUUGUGGUGCAGGUGUUGCUGCUGAUGCUGAGGUCACUACUCAGAUGAUGUCUUCAAAUGUAGAACUGCAUUCGCUGAGCACAGGACGACCUCCUCUUGUAGCCAUGGUGACCCGACAGCUCAAACAGAUGCUGUUCAGGUAUCAGGGGCACAUUGGUUCUUCUCUAAUUGUGGGAGGUGUGGAUAUUAACGGCCCACAGCUCUAUAGCGUCUACCCUCAUGGUUCCUAUGAUAAACUUCCUUUCCUUACCAUGGGGUCUGGAGCAGCUGCUGCCAUUUCUCUAUUUGAAGAUCGUUACAGGCCAAAUAUGGAGCUGGAGGAAGGAAAGCAGCUGGUGAGAGAUGCCAUCACUGCAGGCAUCUUCUGUGAUCUGGGUUCCGGCAGCAAUGUAGACCUAUGUGUGAUCACAGAGAAAGCUGUGGAUUAUCUGAGGGGAUACGACCAGCCUGUUCAGAAAGGAUUGAGCACCAGGGAGGGUUCAUACAGAUACAAGCCAGGCACUACUGCUGUGCUCACAAAAACAGUUAUUCCAUUAACACUGGAUGUUGUGGAUGAAUCUGUCCAAGUGAUGGACACUAAAUGAGAAUAUAUUUGCAUUUCUUUACACUCUUUCCUUCACUCCUUAGGAAAUAAGGUAUAUGUGAAUAGGUUUCCUUUCUGGAUAAAAAUGGAAAUCUAUAUUUUUCAUAUUUUUAGAAGUAGCCAUAUGGUUUACGACUUUUUCCAUGUAUUCAAUCAUUUGCAUUUGAGCUGCGCAAGACUGUUUUGCAGUGAUGUAUAAUAUCGAUACCUUAUACAUUUCCUUAACCCAUCAGAAAUGAAAUAGUUAAUUCAAUAAAAUUUAAGAU